AUGGCUCCCGUCGCCAGCAAGAAGCCCGUGUCGGCCAAGAAGCCCGUCGCGGCGAAGAAGCCCGCGGGCGACAAGAAGAAGACCAGCAAGAAGAGCGUGGAGAGCUACAAGCUCUACAUCUUCAAGGUGCUCAAGCAGGUCCACCCCGACACCGGCAUCUCCUCCAAGGCCAUCACCAUCCUGAACUCGUUCAUCGUGGACCAGUUCGACAAGAUCGCCACCCAGGCCUCCCAGCUGUCCCGCGUGAACAAGAAGCCCACGCUGACCAGCCGCGAGAUCCAGACCGCCGUGCGCCUGGUGCUGCCCGGCGAGCUUGCCAAGCACGCCGUGUCCGAGGGCACCAAGGCCGUGACCAAGUUCACCUCCGCCUAA